AUGGCAAAAGUCGUCUUCACGCCCUGGAAAACCCAGGCUCAAUUGCUCGCGGUGCGAGACCAAUUCUAUCCCCCGCCGUCCUACAACGGACCAGAUUUGCGCUCUCAAGCUUGCGCAAAGGUGUCGAUCUGGAAAUUACGUGGAAGCCUUCCUCAUCCUGUUGAAGCAACGGCAUUAUUAACAGAUGCUAUUCUGCACGACGAUGCCGGAAAAAAUUCUAUCUUUUCUAUUCGCGCGACCUAUGCUGCUGCUUUUUGCCGAUUUGUCACCGGUCUCGUUGACGCCAAAAUCCCCGGCAUGAGAAAGACUAUGUUCCAGAGGGCCAUUGACCUCGGUCUUCCGGCUUCGUUUGUAGAGUUGCGGCACGAGGCUACACAUCGCGAACUUCCCUCAUUGAUUGUGCUCCGGAAUGCAACUCAGCGAUCUCUGGAGUGGUUGUGGGAUUAUUACUGGGCCAAGGUCGAUCCGCAUGCCGCUCCUGUCCCCCCGGUUUCAGUUCCGGUUUCAGCUUAUGUCGAGGAGAAUGAUGGUGAUGAACUAGGAGUCAAGGAGUUUAUUCGGGAUACCCUGAGCCAGUUGAUGAAGGGUGACGAAGGUGAAGAACAGCAACCACCGAGGAAGAAACGCAAGGCUCAGUACCAGACUACUACCGCGACACAGCUGGUGUCGAUAUGUAAGGCUUCGCGGAAGGGGGCUAUUAUUUUAUCGAGAGUGCUGUUGGAUGAGUCGGUGUUAGUCCCUGCUGGACGGAGGCUAGGAGACUCGUUGCACGAUACCUUUAUUAAAUGGGAGCAGCUCCUGCAAAUGAUCGCAGAAAGCCAUUCAGCAUUCUUAUCAGCCCUAACCGAGGAAAUGGUUAACGAUCUUGCAUUCUCGGUACAAAUUAAAGAUACCAAAAACAACGCCUACCACGAAGCAAUCUACACCUGGUUGGAUCACAUCCUACGCUCGACCGAGUGGAGAUCCAGCAGACGGUUGCUUUCGUUCAGUUACCUCCUUGCUGCGUGUGAGGCGAACCCGAACCAUUGGACUGAUACGCUGAAGAGAGUUUUGCUCAAGGAGGAGGCAAAGAGGGCUAAGGGUGCCGUUUCUGUAUCGGUACCGCAGACGCAGACACAGACUGAGGCAAAGAUUGUAGAUGAGAAUACAGAUGCAGAUGCGUGUGCGCUGCGGGAUCUAGGAUGGGAAUCAUUGGAGUUGUGGGAUAGUCGGCCAUUGGGUGUUGCUUAG